AUGGAAGAUUCAGGUUCUAGCACAGUAAAUUUGCUAUUAGAAACUGAAACAUUAAGUCAUUUUACUUAUGUUAACAAAAAAAAUAAAAGAGAACAUUCUAAAAAUCCACUUUGGAGUAAUCAUUUACAGAAAUUUAUUAACAAGAAAGUGGUUAUAAAG